AGUCGAAAGAAAAUUCUCAGUCGCCCGCUUUUGUAUUUUAUUUUUAUUUAGUGUUUGCUUCGUGAUUUCCGUAGAAAGUCGUCGUUGAAAAAUAUAAGUCUCGAUACUUGUACAAUGUCUGCUUCAUCAAGCCUAAAUGGCGCAAUCAAUGAUAUCAAUUACACGAAUGGUGGUUUGAUACGUAACCGAGAAAGAAGUGGAUCAGUCUCGAACUAUAACAGCAAAGUAACAGUAGUACUGGGAGCACAAUGGGGUGAUGAAGGUAAAGGAAAGGUAGUGGAUAUGCUUAGUGGAACUGCCGAUGUCGUAUGCCGGUGUCAAGGUGGAAACAACGCUGGCCACACGGUUGUUGUUGAUGGGAAGGAAUUUGAUUUUCAUCUCUUGCCCAGUGGAAUCAUCAAUGAGAAGUCAAUAUCGAUAAUUGGUAAUGGAGUUGUCGUUCACCUCCCAGGAUUAUUUGAAGAACUUGCAAAGAACGAAGCAAAAGGAUUGCAAGACUGGCAAAAUCGAUUAAUUGUGUCAGAUCGCGCUCAUUUGGUGUUUGAUUUCCAUCAACAAGUUGACGGCUUGCAAGAAGCAGAAUCAGCAAAAGGUGGAAAGUCACUUGGCACCACAAAGAAGGGAAUUGGACCGGCUUAUAGCAGCAAAGCAACACGUAAUGGUAUUCGAGUCGGUGAUCUUCUCGGCGAUUUCACCAAGUUUAGCGACAAAUUCCGAUCGAUUGUAUCGACACAUCAAAGACUGUUCCCAGGCUGUGUCGUAGACAUCGAUGGUGAACUCCUUCGUUACAAGGAUUAUGCUGAAAAAUUACGUCCAUUUGUCAAAGACACAGUUUUCUAUCUUCAUUCAGCUUUACGAAACGGAAAGACAGUUCUGGUUGAGGGCGCCAACGCUGCAAUGCUUGAUAUUGAUUUUGGAACGUAUCCUUAUGUGACGAGUAGCAAUUGUUCCAUUGGUGGUGUCUUAACCGGACUGGGAAUCCCACCUCAAACAAUCGGAGAAGUUAUUGGAGUUGUCAAAGCUUACACAACUCGUGUUGGUGACGGGCCUUUCCCUAGUGAACAACUGAAUGAGACCGGUCGGCUUUUACAAGAACGAGGAGCUGAAAUUGGUGUCACAACCAGAAGAGUUCGACGUUGUGGAUGGUUGGAUUUGCCAGUUUUGCGUUAUACCUCACUUGUUAACGGCUAUUCAGCCAUUUGUCUCACCAAGUUGGAUAUUCUUGAUACGCUUAAAGAAAUAAAAAUCGCUGUCAACUACAAACUUCAUGGAGAUGUCAUCUACAAUUUUCCUGGUUCAAUCUCCGAUCUUGCUCAGGUAGAAGUUGAAUAUGCGACACUUCCAGGCUGGGAGCAGUCAACUGCAAAUAUUCGAGAUUUCCGCGAUCUACCUGAAGCCGCUCAAAAUUAUGUUCGGUUUAUUGAAAAAGAUUUGGAUGUGCCGAUUAAGUGGAUCGGCGUCGGGAAAGGUCGAGAAUCAAUCAUCAAAGUGUAUUGAAUAUAACUUUGAUUUCUUUUAAUUAAAUAUUUUUUUUUUAUCUCCUUCAUCCCAAAAACAUUUAAAAAUUCAUGUUAAACAUUUUUUGAGGAUCUUUUUAAAACUUGGAUGGUUCAUAUUUUCAGAAAACUUUUUUAAUAUAAAUUCUAUGCCAAAAAAGAAAAACAGCAACUUGCAUCAAAUUGAAACUGCACAUUUUAUGCUGAUUUAUUUUGAAUGUUCUCAAAUGCAUUCAGUUUUACUUUUAUUAUUCUUGAUUGUACAAUAAGAAUUAAACGAUGAUGAAAAAAAAAUUUGGGAAAAUUUUAAUUUUUUUUUUGUACUUAUAAAGCAGUAACAAUUUCUACGUUUAUUUUAAUCGCACACUUAUCGAAAUGUAGCGCUUUAGAACAUACAUAAAAUAAUUAAAAAUCAAUUAGCAGUCAGAUGCAAGAAUAAUAAUAAACCUAACAUUUCACCUUAACGAGGACACUUAUUGAGUUCUGAUUUUAUGUCGACGUGGGACAAAUAGGAAAUGAGAAUAAACGUCGAUUUUAAGGAAAUCAACUUGA